UUUUCAAAGUCGAACCAAGAGGUCGGUCGGUCGUCUGCUCCCGAACGAAACAGAGCAGCGAAACGCGAACGAGAUCCCGGGGCUCUCUGCGUCUGCGGCAGGAUAAUUAAGCGUGACGCGUGUGCGUAACAUAAAAAUAACCAUAAACCAAAUGCCAGCCAGCCAGCACUCGUGUCCAGUGUGAAGUGAAAUAAAGUGAAGUGUAUCUGUUUCUGUUUCUGUGUCUGAGUUGAACGGAAAGGAAAGACGAAACGAAGGUUAACUAAACCCAAAAUUCGGAAUUACUUUUAAAAAUCGGGCGAAGAGCACGCACACCGGUUUUGUGCGAGAGAACAAAAAGACGAAGAAAACAACAACUAAGCCAAGCCCCAAAGAAAUUCAGACCCUCGCGAAAUGGAGAUGGAGAUGAACGGAAGACGAUUGUUGAGCUGCGGCCUGGCUCUGAACCUGAUCUUCUGUUGUUGUUGCGCCUCCCCGGUGUCUUUGGGCGAUGUGAGCAUCACAAAGGGUCCCCCAGCCGCGCUGACCGUCAAGGAGCAGAGCGGCCUGCAGAUGCCCUGCAAUUAUCAGCUGCCCGUGGGGUAUCGCCAGAGCAGCAGCGUCAUCCUGCGCUGGCGCAAGGACAACAAGACCCUGCGCCAGGCGGAGCUGGGCCAGGCAAGCAGCACCACCAGCGAGCCCCAGCUGGAGAGCAUGCUGCGUGAGGAUGCGAGACUCACGCUGAACAAGGAGAGCGGAGCUCUGCAGUUUGCCAGCGUUCUGGCCAGCGACGCGGGCAAGUACCAGUGCCAGUUGCUGGUCGAGGGUGAGAUGGCGGCCAGCUCCAGCAGCGGCAUCCUGGAGGUCAUCGAGCAGCUGAAGUUCGUGCCGCAGCCCACCUCGAAGAAUCUGGAGCUCGGCUCGCUGAGCAAGGUGCACUGCAAGGCUCAGGGAACGCCGCCGCCGCAAGUCAAAUGGAUGAGGGAAACCCAAUUGCCGCUACCCGCGAACGUGACCGAUCUGAAUGGCACGCUGACCUUCAGCCAGGUCAGCAAUGACCAGCGCGGACAGUACACCUGCUUUGCCUCGAACAGCCAGGGCCAGCUCAGUGCCACAGUGUCCAUUGGUGUGGUGGUGGCACCCAAGUUCAGUGUGCCGCCGGAGGGACCCAUCGAGACCACGGAGCAGGGCACUGUGGCGAUGCACUGCCAGGCGAUUGGGGAGCCCAAGCCGACGAUUCAGUGGGACAAGGACCUGGCCUAUCUCAAUGACAACAACACGGACGGAGAUCGCUUCACUCUGCUGGAGAAUGGCACCCUGGAGAUACGGAAUGUCAAGGCCGAGGAUGAGGGACGCUAUGGCUGCACCAUCGGCAGCAGUGCCGGCCUGAAGCGCGCAGAGGUCCUGCUGGUGGUCAAGUCGGCCAAAUCGACGUCCAAUUCAAUUGUCACCCGCAUCAUCAUUGUGAUCAUUUGCCUGGCCUUCCUCUACUUUGUGCUGGUGCUGGGCCUGAAGGUCUGGUACCGCUACCGCCGCCACCUGGGCAAGGUGCAGCUGGAGGAUGCCACCCAUGCGCCCACCUGCGACGGACACGAGCAUGAGCCCUGUCUGACGGAGGCCAACAACUCCAGCAAGAAUCCGAAGAGCAACAAGCUGCGGGAGAGCACCAUCCUCGAACAGGAGUCGCAGGUGGUCGAUGACAUUGUCUGAGCGCCACGCCUCCCUUUGCUCCUUCUUUCAAUGAUCUCGUCCCCAUAACCACCAUACCCACCAAACCCCCCUUCCCCCGUCAAAUGUUACUCCAUUUUAUUGUUGAGUGUAAAAAAAACCAAAAUCAAAAAAAAAAAACAAAAAAAAAACAAAAACUGAAAAAUUGAAGAAAAUCCCCUAUAAAUCCUAUUUGUAUUUAUAUUUAU